UGUUUUAGCUAAGACAGCGAUUCAAGUUGAUCGGCCAUGAAACCCUAGCUCUCGCAGCUAUAAAGACUCCUUUCAGUUCGGGCGCCGUCUCCACCUUCGUUUCUCGGCUGCCCAAUUUCUCCACCGCCUCUUGGCUGCCGAAUUCUCCCAAGAGUUCUUAGCGAUCACCAUGUCGAUCUCAGAGCUCGCUUGCACCUACGCCGCUCUCAUCCUCUACGACGAUGGAAUCCCCAUCACGGCGGAGAAAAUAUUAACUCUGGUGAAGGCCGCCAACGUAAGCAUCGAGUCCUUCUGGGCGUCCCUCUUCGCCAAGCUCCUGGAGAAGAGAAGCAUUGAGGACCUUAUCUUGAGCGUUGGAUCCGGUGGUGGCGGUGCUCCGGUUGCCGUUUCUGCUGCCCCUGCCGCUGGUGGCGCUGCGCCUGCCGCUGCCGCUCCUGCAGCUGAGGAGAAGAAGGAGGAGCCAAAGGAAGAGAGUGAUGACGAUAUGGGAUUCAGCUUGUUUGAUUAGAGAGAAAAUCAGACGCCUUCAUGUCCCCUUUGUUCUCUCCAUUAUCGAAUGCUUUCUUUUAUGGUUUUUAUGUUUCCGUCCUUUGUCAAGCUGUUAUAAGAGUUAUCCACCGAAUUGGCAUUGUUCUCUCUUGGUGAUUGGUUUUGCUGUUUUGAGCAAUCGUAGUCUAAACUGUUGUUUAUCUAUAAUCCUGUUUUUUUUCUUUUUGUUAAUGCAUGGUAGAUUAUCUAGUUCUGGUU